GGGCGGGGCUGAGGAGCUUGAGCUUGGCUCUGUCUCUCUCUCUCUCUGUGUGUCUUUAUUUCUUUCUCUCUCUGUGUGGGUCGCGAUGCCACCGGGGGGUCCGGGGCCCUUGGGGGGCCACUGCUCUUCCUCCUCCUCCUCCCAUUGAUCCCCUUCCCAGCCAUGUCCCGCAAGAAGAGCCCCAAAGGCAAGGGGUCCUCCUCCUCUUCCUCCUCUUCCUCCUCCUCCUCAGCAGCCCCUUCCUCUUCUUUGCCGGACACCCCAGGAGCCAAGGGGGCCCCUCCUGCUCCAGCCCCACAGAAGCCCUCCAACGGGGGGGCCCUCGGGAGACCCUCGCUCAGCAACAGCGGGGAGUUCUAUGACCUCGCCUUCAAGGUGAUGCUGGUGGGAGACUCUGGCGUCGGCAAAACCUGCCUCUUGGUUCGGUUCAAGGACGGCGCUUUCCUGGCCGGGAGCUUCAUCUCCACCGUCGGGAUCGACUUCCGGAAUAAAGUGUUGAACAUGGAUGGCGUGAAAGUCAAGCUGCAGAUCUGGGACACGGCCGGUCAGGAGCGUUUCCGAAGCGUCACUCAUGCAUACUACCGGGAUGCUCAUGCUUUGUUGCUGCUUUAUGAUGUCACAAACAGAGCCUCCUUUGAGAACAUCCAGGCCUGGCUGACCGAGAUCCACGAAUACGCCAAGCAGGACGUGGUGCUGAUGCUGCUGGGGAACAAGGUGGACUCAACCCAGGAGCGGGUGGUAAGGCGAGAAGACGGAGAGAAGCUAGCCAAGGAGUACGGCGUGCCCUUCAUGGAGACCAGCGCCAAGAGCGGCUUGAACGUCGACUUAGCCUUCACAGCCAUCGCCAAGGAGCUGAAGCACCGGUCGCUGAAGCUGCCCCACGAGCCGCGCUUCAAGCUCCACGACUACGUCAAGAAGGAGGUGAAGGGUGCUGGGUGCUGCCGAUCCUAAACCCUGGUGGCGCAUCAUGUACAGGGACUCGCACCGUGCGCCGUCCGCCCCACUCCUCCGCCUCUCCUUUGUGUCUUGUCCUUCUUUCCUUCCGUCUAGGUGAAAAAGGGGGAUGUAGGGAAGCUGGUAGGAAUGUGCUGCCUCUGUUCAGAGCAGCCCGGUAAAUUCUAUUUUUUAAAACAGGUCUAUUGCACACAGUGCUAAAACAAAUGGGGUUUUUGCACACUUAUGUCCCAUUUGUUGUGCAUUUUCUGGUGGAUCGGGAACCUCGUCCCUUUUGCUUUCCUCGGCGUCUGUUUAUUCCCCAGCGAUUUGCACAAACCCCUUUAAAAUCUGGCAUUGACUGCCUUUUUAAACUUUGUUUUUGACAUUGUGACGCGUGCCAAACUACGUCUCCCAUAACCCGAAGCCAGAAAGGAGGGCAGAAUCGCUUUAUAUAUAUAUUUUUGGGGGGAUUUUAUUUUAGCUGGCUGUGGGAGAGAAGCCAACAGCCAAGCCAUUUCAGGCUCGGUUUGGAUUGCUCGGUGUGCAAUGCAAAGAAAGCUCUUUUUUUUGUAUAUAUUUGAAAUUACUGUAUUUUUAAAUACAUCUUGCACUGUUCCGUUCUCUAUAACCUUUUUGCUGCAGCUCUUGUGGUUCUGCUUGGAUAUUGGAGCGCCUCUCUUUUUAUUAAAUCGUUCCGAAGCCUUGUAAGGGGGAAAAUGAUCCAAAUUACAGUAGAGUCUCACUUAUCCAACAUAAACAGGCUGGCAGAACAUUGGAUAAGCGAAUAUGUUGGAUAAUAAGGAGAGAUUAAGGAGAAGCCUAUUAAACAUCAAAUUAUGAUUUUACAAAUGAAGCACCAAAACAUCACGUUAUACAACAAAUUUGUCAGAAAACGUAGUUCAAUAGGCAGUAAUGCUAUGUAGUAAUUAUUGUAUUUAUGAAUUUAGCACCAAAAUAUCACGAUGUAUUGAAAACAUUGACUACAAAAAUGCGUUGGAUAAUCUCCAAGAGUUCUUGGAGAACGGGAGAAGUCCCAGCAGAUUGGAGGAGGGCGAAUGUGGUCCCUAUCUUCAAGAAGGGAAAAAAGAACGACCCAAACAAUGACCGUCCGGUCAGCCUCACGUCGAUAUCAGGCAAGAUUCUGGAAAAGAUCAUUAAGGAAGUGGUCUGCGAACACUUAGAAACAAAUGCGGUCAUGGCUAAUAGUCAACACGGAUUUACCAAAAACAAGUCAUGCCUGACGAAUCUGAUCUCUUUUUUCGAUAGAGUUACGAGUUGGGUCGAUACAGGGAAUGCUGUGGAUGUAGCGUACCUGGAUUUCAGUAAGGCCUUCGACAAAGUCCCCCACGACCUUCUGGCAAGGAAACUAGUAAAAUGUGGGCUAGACAAAACUACGGUUAGGUGGAUCUGUAAUUGGCUAAGCGAACGAACCCAAAGGGUGAUUCUCACCAAUGCGUCGUCUUCAUCAUAGAAAGAAGUGACAAGUGGAGUGCCACAAGCAGGGCUCCGUCCUGGGCCCGGUUCUGUUCAACAUCUUUAUUAACGACUUAGACGAAGGGUUAGAAGGCACGAUCAUCAAGUUUGCAGACGACACCAAACUGGGAGGGAUAGCCAACACUCCAGAAGACAGGAGCAGAAUUCAAAACGAUCUUGACAGACUAGAGAGAUGGGCCGAAACUCACAAAAUGAAGUUCAACAGGGACAAAUGCAAGAUACUCCACAAUGGAAAUCAAAGAUACAGAAUGGGGGACGAUGCCUGGCUUGACAGCAGUGUGUGCGAAAAAGACCUUGGAGUCCUCGUGGACAACAAGUUAAACAUGAGCCUACAAUGUGAUGCGGCUGCUAAAAAAGCCAAUGGGAUUCUGGCCUGCAUCAAUAGGGGAAUAGCGUCUAGAUCCAGGGAAGUCCUGCUCCCCUCUAUUCUGUCUUGGUCAGACCACACCUGGAAUCACACUGGGUCCAAUUUUGGGCACCGUAGUUGAAGGGAGAUGUUGACAAGCUGGAAAGCGUCCAGAGGAGGGCGACUAAAAUGAUUAAGGGUCUGGAGAACAAGCCCUAUGAGGAGCGGCUUAAAGAGCUGUGCAUGUUUAGCCUGCAGAAGAGAAGGCUGAGAGGAGACAUGAUAGCCAUGUACAAAUAUGUGAGGGGAAGUCAUAGGGAGGAGGGAGCAAGCUUGUUUUCUGCUGCCCUGCAGACUAGGACACGGAACAAUGGCUUCAAACUACAGGAAAGGAGAUUCCACCUGAACAUCAGGAAGAACUUCCUCACUGUGAGGGCUGUUCAUUAGUGGAACUCUCUGCCCCGGACUGUGGUGGAGGCUCCUUCUUUGGAGGCUUUUAAGCAGAGGCUGGAUGGCCAUCUGUCGGGGGUGCUUUGAAUGCGAUUUCCUGCUUCUUAGCAGGGGGUUGGACUGGAUGGCCCAUGAGGUAUCUUCCAACUCUACUAUUCUAUGAUUCUAUCCAGAACGUUGGAUAAGCGAAUGUUGGAUAAGUGAGACUCUACUGUAUCUGUUUGAAAGCAUUGCUGGAAGUGAGAUAGAACAAAGCAAAGAAGUGGAACGACCUGGGAAGAUCACUAGAAUAUAGUUUAUAGAUAAUUCAAAAGGCCAGGCCUGGAUUUUGCUGCAGUCUUGUUUUUUUUAUAGAAUUCUAUUAUUAUUAUUAUUUCUCCAAAAAGGAGACUCAAAAGAGUAUCUGGUUCUGGUGCAUCUUUGGAGAGGCUUCCGGUUCAUUUACUAAUGAGUAAACCUUACAUAACUGACCACGUUCAGCUGUUUUGCCCCUCAAUGAAGGGACAAAUAAAAGUGAAUGUAUUCCAAGUGCUUUGCACACUCAGACGUGCUCUAAAUGUAUAAUCCAAAUAAACUCUUCGUUAUGGUAGGCUUAUACGUAGGUCCCCUUCUGUGUGCCAAACAUUAUUAUCAUUAUUAUUAUUAUUAUUAUAUGACACAGCAAACAAGAUAGAUAUGCUGGAUUUUGUUUCAUAAAAUCACAAGUCGAACACUUCCCAAGUGUCUAGGACUGUGUGAUUUAUUAUUAUUAUUAUUAUUUUAUUAUGACACAGCAAACAAGAUAGAUACGCUGGAUUUCGUUUCACAAAAUCACAAGUCGAACACUUCCCAAGUGUCUAGGACUGUGUGAUUUAUUAUUAUAUUAUUAUUUGUACGCCACAUUUCUCCCCAUAGAGACUCAAGGCAGAUUGCGAUUACUAUUAUUUCUCCCCUUUAUUUCUCCCCAUGGAAACUCAAGCUGGCUUACAAUUAUUAUUAAUUUUAUUCCUAUCUGACAUUUCUCUCCCCCCACCAUAGGACUCAAAGUGGCUAAUAAUAAUGAUACACUAUAUUUCUACCCUGGGUUUCUCCCUAUAGGGACUCAGGGCAACUAGCUAUUAUUAUUAUUAUUAUUAUUAUUAUUAUUAUUAUUAUUAUUAUUAUUAUGACACACCAAACAAGAUAGAUAUGCUGGAUUUCGUAUCACAAAAUCACAAGUCGAACACUUUCCAAGUGUCUAGGACUGUGUGAUGUAUUUUCGGAUGAUGCGCACAGAUCCCAGUAGGGUAGCCUAUUGCAGUUGGUAGUUCAUAUUAUUAUUAUUUUUAUUAUUAUUGCCCUGCAUUUCUCCCCUUGGGGACUACAGGCAGUUAUUAUCUGACUUUUCUCUCCCCACCCCACAGGACUCAAAGUGGCUAAUAAUAAUAAUAAUGAUACAUUUUAUUUCCACUCUGGGUUUCUCCCCAUAGGGGCUCAGGGCAACUAGCUAUUAUUAUUAUUAAUAAUAAUAUAUUUAUUAUUAUUACCCUGCAUUCCUCCCCAUGGGGACUAAAGGCGGUUUACAAUUAUUAUCUGACUUUUCUUUCCCCACCCCACAGGACUCAAAGUGGCUAAUAAUAAUAAUAAUAAUAAUAAUAAUAAUAAUAAUACACUUUAUUUCCACUCUGGGUUUCUCCCUAUAAGGGCUCAGGGCAACUAGCUAUUAUUAUUAUUAUUAUUAUUAUUAAUAUAUUAAUUAUUAUUAUUACCCUGCAUUCCCCCCCAUGGGGACUAAAGGCGGUUUACAAUUACAGUAGAGUCUCACUUAUCCAAGCUAAACGGGCCGGCAGAAGCUUGGAUAAGCGAAUAUCUUGGAUAAUAAGGAUUAAGGAAAAGCCUAUUAAACAUCAAAUUAGGUUAUGAUUUUACAAAUGAAGCACCAAAACAUCAUGUUAGACAACAAAUUUGGCAGAAAACGUAGUUCAAUACGCAGUAAUGUUACAUUGUAAUAACUGUAUUUACGAAUUUAGCACCAAAAUAUCACGAUAUAUUGAAAACAUUGACUACAAAUAUGGCUUGGAUAAUCCAGAGGCUUGGAUAAGUGAGACUCUACUCUAUUAACUUUAUUCCUAUCUGACAUUUCUCUCUCUCCCCCCCCCCCCCCCCCCCAAACAUAGGAUUCAAAUAAUGAUACACUUUAUUUCUACCCUGGGCGUCUCAUAGGGACUCAGGGCAACUAGCUAUUGUUAGUAUUAUUACUUAUAAUAUAUUAAUUAUUAAUACCCUGCAUUUCUCCCCUUGGGGACUCAAGGUAGUUUACAAUUUGUUGUCAGAACGCUUUCAUGGCUGGAAUCCUUGGUGUGCUGUGAGUUUUCUGAGCUGUAUGGCCAUGUUCCAGAAGCAUUCUCUCCUGACGUUUCACCCACAUCUAUGGAGCCCCUGGUGGUGCAUUGAGUAAAACCCUUGUGCCGGCAGGACUGAGGAUUUGAAGGUUGGGUUGCUGACCUGAAGGUUGCCUGUUUGAAUUCUGUGUAGUUUGACAUGGUGGUUGUUAUUUGAGAACAUAGAAAUGUCAGGAGAAAAUGCUUCUGAACAUGGCCAUGCAGCAUGGAAAACUCACAGCAAGCCGUUUUACAAUUAUUAGUAGUAUUGCCUUCAUGCCUACUUGAUAUUUCUCCCACAGGGAGUCAAGGAUUAUUAUUAUUAAUAAUAAUAAUAAUAGCAACUGGAUUGCUACCCUGCCUUUCUCCCCAUGGGGACUCAAGGUGGCUUACAUUAACACAGCCCAAAGAGUUUAAAAACAUGGCAAAUGCAAAAAUAUUUUGAAAAAUCAUCAAACAUUAGAUAACGAUUUACAAUCAAUUAUAAUAGUAGUAAAACUAUAUUGAAAACGAAAUGCCCUCCCCAGCUUUCAUCCUUCCCAUGGCACAGAAGGGUCUUGAAUUGCUUGCGGAAGGCAAUCUUGUCAAUAAAGGCCACUCCCAGGCCAGGCUUUCCGUCUCACUGCAUGUCCCAUCGCUCUCCGAGACCCCCAGCCUCACCCGGAGACCCAUUCACUGGGAGGAGACAAAGAAGGGCAGCCUCUUCCCUGGGCUUUUGAAUCUGAUCCCAAUCCCUGGUCCUUCCUCCAAGCUUGGCUUCUGCAAAUCCCAUUUUAGGAUCCGGGUUCUGUUUUUGUACCUUGGGCUUGGACUGCCACCCAGAGGCCUCCAAAAGCACCUUCCGGCACAGUGUGUUCCUUGUGUACUAUCACACCGCAGGCACUGUUUAUAGCUUUUUUUGUUCCUCUUAAUAAUAAUUAAAAAAAAGAUUUGUUUUUUAAA